AUGAACUUUUCUCUCUUCUCAUCCCUGAAAUUAGUUCUUCUAGCCACUUUUUUAUCUAGGUUUCACACCUUCACUAGCCAUGGAUUCUCCAUCAAAGAAGCAAGCAUAAGUGAUCUACAACUCGCUUUCAGGCAAAACCAACUUACUUCAAGGAAACUAAUUGAGUUCUAUAUUGGAGAAAUCCGUACACUCAAUCCUGUCUUAAGAGGGGUUAUAGAAGUGAACCCAGAUGCAAUACACCAAGCUGACAAGGCUGACAGGGAACGCAAGGCAAAGGCACCUGUGUCCCUAUCUCAUUUGCAUGGCAUUCCUGUCUUACUCAAGGAUACUAUUGCAACCAAGGAUAAGCUGAACACUACAUCUGGUUCAUUUGCAUUGCUCGGUUCAGUUGUGCCUCGUGAUGCAGGCGUUGUGGUGAAGCUGAGAAAAGCUGGAGCUAUCAUACUUGGGAAGGCGAGCUUGAGCGAAUGGACUAGUUGCUGGUCAUUAAGAGCACCCAAUGGUUACAGUGCCAGAGGUGGCCAAGGAAAGAAUCCCUACGUUCUAUCAACAGAUCCUUGUGGGUCAAGCAGUGGUUCAGCCAUGUCAGUGGCAGCAAACAUGGUUGCAGUGUCGUUAGAGACCGAGACCGAUGGCUCCAUCCUAUGUCCCGCCAGCUCCAACCUAGUAGUGGGCAUCAAACCAACAGUUGGACUCACCAGCAGAGCUGGGGUCAUACACAAACCAACAGUUGGACUCACCAGCAGAGCUGGGGUCAUACCAAUUUCUCCUAGACAGGAUACUGUUGGGCCUAUAUGCAGGACAGUAUCAGAUGCUGUUCAUGUUCUUGAUGCAAUUGUAGGCUUCGAUUAUAACGAUGGUGCGACAAGAGAUGGGUCAAAGUAUAUUCCAUAUGGAGGCUACAAACAAUUUCUUAAUACUAAUGGUCUCAAGGGGAAGAGACUGGGGGUGGUCAGGAAUCCAUUCUUCGAACUACUUGAAGGAUCUUUACCAGCUCAAGUUUUUGAGAAUAAUCUUCAAAUACUAAGACAUGGAGGUGCAGUUGUGGUAGACUAUUUGGAAAUAGCCAACAUUGAUGUAAUCUUGAAUUCCACUUUGAGUGGUGAAGCAGUAGCAUUGCUAGCUGAGUUCAAAAUAAACAUAAAUGCCUACCUGAAAGAGCUGGUGGUAUCUCCGGUGAGAUCUUUAGCAGAAAUCAUAGCCUUCAAUGAAAACAACUCUGAUUUGGAAAACCUCAAGGAAUUUGGUCAAGAAAGAUUUCUCGCAGCAGAAGCCACAAACGGAAUCGGCAAAGCAGAGGAGGCAGCUUUAUUGAAUCUGGAACGACUUACGAGUGAUGGGUUGGAGAAACUAGUGAGGGAGAAUGAACUCGAUGCACUGGUAUCUCCUGGUCCGACGGUUGCUCGUGUUCUUGCCAUUGGCGGGUUUCCAGGAAUUAGUGUUCCCGCUGGCUUUGAUAAGAAAGGAAUUCCUGUUGGGAUUUCGUUUGGGGGACUGAAGGGCACAGAGCCGAAGCUGAUUGAGAUUGCCUACAGUUUUGAACAAGCUACUCACCUCCUACAUUUAAGCCUUGAAGAAUUAGAUGAGCGUAUCUUCUAUGCAUUUUCUUUUCUAUCGCUUGUAUCAAUAUUUGCCAAGAGUAAAGUAGGCAAUUAAAUAAAAGGGAAAACACACUA